CCAAAUAUGGCCGGUUGAAGUCGAAGGUUUAAGUGUAGGGUACAUGGAGAAAUGAACGCGGUAGGAAUAAUUAAAAUCUCUGUUCUUAAUAAUAAGCGUAGAGAUCAUCAAAUAAUAGUUUGCAGCAAUUUGAUGGCUUCGCAGUGGCGAGUUACAGUUCAUGAUGACGCUGAAUGUAGCCAUCUGGUGCAAGGAGGUCCUGUACUGACACUCGCGUUUGGAGAAACCAUUCUCCAUGGUGAAGGACGCUGUUUGGCGUGAAGCCAGCUAGGAGCAUGCAGGAAUUCCUCAAGUGCCCCCUGCAAUGUCACCUGUGAGAAACUGGACUUCUUACCAAGGAAGGAGCACCCAAGAUCCCUUACACUCAGAUGGCCACUUGCACACCAGUCACAAAGCUGUCUUGUAGUGAAGGGCUGGUGGGGCAUCAGUGGAGUAACUGCUGUCUCAGCUGUCAGAGGAUGUGAUUGGGCCUUGUCUCAACAGGGAGGAUCCAGGAGGGGCCCCCUUCCUCCUGCAUUCCAUCUGCAGAGAAGGCAUGUCACCAGGUGCCAGCAGCAAGGAGCCUGUAUAGCAAAGUUGGUGUACGGCAAAUUAACACAUUGCAGACUGCCUGGAUCAAAAUUCGAUGUGUGAAUGGAGGAGUUUGCAGAGGCAAGCACCAGAAGAGAUAGUGUCCAACAUCAGGACUGAGCCUGAUAACAGUGAACUGGAUCUACAGAUAGCCCUCAAGAAAGCACGGAGACUGAAGCUGCAGGAAGCUGUUACAGAAUCAAAGAACAGUGUAGAAAAGGUGGCAGAGUCAGUACUGGAGAGACACUCAGAAGGAAACACGGAAGGUGGUUCCAUUGUGCUGAAUGCUACUGCAGAAUUCUGCUGUACAUUGGGUGACAUCCCCAUUUAUGGUCUGGCUGGCAACAGGGAUGAGGAUGCUCAGGAACUCGACUUGGAGAGGGAAAUGAUUGAAGAGAAGAAACGUCAGGAAGAAGAAGGCAAACGUGGAGCUUGGAAUGAAGUUGAGAUUGAGAUGAUGGAAAGUUUGGGCGUCGCGAGCGUUACAGUGGUCUGACCUCAGACUUCAAAGAAAAGGAGGGCUACAAACCAAAUAUUACACUCGACUACACAGAUGAUGAUGGACACGUACUUAAUGCAAAGGAGGCUUUCAGAUACCUGUCUCAUGAAUUUCAUGGAAAGGGACCUGG